AUGGACGAGUCUUUGAGCAAACAACAGAAUAGCAAACAAGAGGAUGAAAAUGAUAGUAAGCCACGAGCUGCUUCAAUGCAGCCAGAACCUUCAAAACCCGAAUUUCGCUCGGUUUCCAUGAGUGUUGCACGUCCUAUGAGUGUUGCCGGACCGGUAACAAGAAACCCCGAUGUGAUCGACAAAGAAUCUUACUUCAACCUUACUUUUUCGAAACCGCAAGCCAAGAAAUCAGAAUCUGCUCAAGAAAUCGGCGAGGAUGUGCAAUCAAACUGGGCCCCAAGAGGACUGCGCCCGGUUCCCGCCUUUUAUCCACUUGAACGGUCAAGUAGGGUUGUAGACGAUGAGCUUGCUGAAAUCGUCGCUAGGGUUUCUGAGGCAAAUCGGGUUCUUAGCAUUCACGCUAUCUACUGCAACGAAACGGCCACGGCAUCCUUGACGACUGCAGAGAACCUUGAGAUGCAGCUCUCUUUGUGGAAAACUUCAGGCGGCAUUGCUGUAGAACUUCAGCGCAGAAACGGAGAUUCGAUUGCGUUUCAUCGAUACUGUGGCUACCUUUUGGAUGCGGUGGUUGGGGACUUUGAUCCAACGGAACAUGCCGAAAAUCAUGGGGAACAUUUGGAUGUCAUUUAUUCAAAGAAGAUACAACGAUUGCUCAGCCUAGAACACGGAAAAGAGGCAGCGACAGAAGUGGAGAAUGCAAUUAUUGCGAUUGAAAUUGCUCACGGAUUGUUGAUGAAAGACCGCAUGGAUGCUAGACAGCUCGGGCUUGAGUCACUCUGCUUGCUCACUGAUCCAAACAAAAGUGGAGACACUACUGCAUUGAUUGCGAGCAACGUUGUUCUACUUGGGUCUGCUCAAGAUCUUGGCUUGGAGUUCCAAGCGGAUGACAUGAUAUUUGACGAAGGGCCUUUCCAAGAGAUUCGUCAGACGAUUCUAUCUCUCAUUCAACUGAGACGAAUUGGCGACGCUGAUGAGUUUGAUGGGGCACUUACUGAAGAGGAAGAGCAUAUUACCAUAUUGCACAACCUGGCGCUAGCUGUUCUAGCCAACGCACUCGAUGUGAUCGAGAAUGAAGAAGCGGACGAAGAAUUGACAUCAAAGCCCCGUGCCCGAACUUGUUCUGAAACAAUCUGUGAGAAUUUUCUAAGUGAUGCGACAGAGGUAUCUGGAGACAACGAAAUCAUCAAGACCCUAAUUACCGAGCUUGGGAAGGCAGGAGACAAGCCCCACAAUGCCUGUUUGUCUGCUAAAUGCAUAGGUUCUCUAUGCAGGGCUUCAGACAAGGCACGUCGACGGGCCAAAGAACUCGGAGCAAAAACUGUUGUUCAGACUGCAUUAGAAGUUGGAACUCGUACUCAUCUUAAGCUUGAAAAGGAAUGUGAGAAGGUAAUCACCACUCUCAAUUCUCCUCGCAAUGACGAAUAG